UUUUUCUCUCCUCCAACAUGCACUUUCUCCAGCUCCUAUUCAGAGCCAACUCUGCCGUCCUGCUCCUGGUUUUCUGUCUGCAGUUGUGGACCAACAAAGCUCAGGAAAACACUCGACGAGUGAUAAUAUUGAAUGCGGUGAUCCCCAACACAGCACACCCAAAUGAGGAAUUCACUGUGACAAUUACUGUUGGAACAGAAUUGAGAGAAUGUAUAGUGGUUAAAGCUUCCCUCGUAAGCCGGACUCCAAUAGAAGGUUCUUUUAACUAUAAAUACACGGUCUGCAUCUGUAAGGAUUAUCCAAGAACUUUAUUCUGGGACAUUGCAAUGAAUCAAACUGCAAAAAUAGCAGCAGUGGCCCAGAUUGUUAGAGAAAAAGGUAUCUGCCCCAACGAUGAGGCAGUGGUGCCUGUGGUGCCAAAAACUGCUUAUACCGUUGAAAAGAUACACAUAGUCUGAUCUUGGUGCAAGCCCUUGUCUGCCCCCCAGGAUGGAUCCUCUACAGAAAUUUGACUGGAGUUUCUGUUGUGGUCUGUAAAAUAAACUUCUCAUAAACUUC